GAGAUGCUCGCGAGAUGCUGGUAACGAUUGUGUUCCCGUCCGGGAGAGAAGCACCGUGAGGCUCACUGGGACGACGAGAUGGACGGAACCUUCCUGCAUCUAAACAUUCUCGGCAGCCACAUCAACAUGUGAUCAUCACACCGCAUCGUCAUUGGAAUCAGUUUCUAUAGCAACCAAAAUAUCAGAAUUUGAUCUUUUUCAAAAAGCCCCCCCAUCGCCACAAUGCAGUCGUCCAGCUGCUCCGCUCAGCCCGCCAAGCCCCGCCGCUUCGAUGUCAGCAGGCGGCCCGCCACCUUGGCCGGGCCGAGGUCUCGCGGCGUUCAGAAGGAGGAUAAAAACAUGAACACCAUCACUUCGGCGUCGCCUCGACGCGUGACGAGAGGUCCCGUGGCCCCCCCCAGGACCAGGCCGGCGGUGCAGCCUCGGGCGCCGCUAAGCCAAAGUCGUUUUGGUCCUCAAAAAGCGAGCGCCGCCGCCGCCUCCAAAUCGACUAAACCCAAACCCAAAAGCGUCCGUGCCAACGCGGCAACCAAAAUGGCAUCUUCUCUCCCGCCGCCGCCCGCCGCUCUCCCUCUGGACCCCAACUGCAACGAGCCCAGCCUCCCGUGUCUGUGCUGCGACGGGCGCUCGCCGCAGGACAGCAACAGCAUGUUCAACCAUAACCACAACAACAACAACACCGUUUCUCUCAGGCGUCAACUGCAGCUUCCUCCGCCGCCUCCGGCCGUCGUGCCGCUGAGACCAGACGGGACGGGUGCCAAGGAGCCGCCCACUCAAGUGGAGGCCCCCGUCGUGGAGCCUGUGCCGCAACUCGACGCAAAAGCAGACGAUGAUAAGAAAGACGUCAAAUCGGAGGAAGACGACGACGAGAGCAGCAGUGGUGACAUCGAUAUCGACGACGAGGACGAUGGCGAUGGCGAUCGCGAUGACGACGACGACGAUGACACUCUCGUUCCCUCGUGCUGCGACUGCCCGCCGUCCCUCCUGGAGUUCUCGCUCUCCUCUUCUACCUCGUCGUCCUCCACUUCCAUCAGCUCCUGCUCUGAUCUGGAAUCAGACUGCGCUGAUGCGUACGCCGCCCAAAAGCCAUCCGUCAAGGAUUCUUCUCCUGAAAGUCAACCGCCUGCACGGUCGCUCCCCGCUUUGCCUCUCGGCCGGGGCCGCUUCGCCGCCAAGUCCCACACCCCCAUUUCAUCCCCAGAUGAGGGCUACCCCUCCGCCCUGGACACCCCGUCUCCAGACUAUUUGGGCGUCAGAGGCGAUGCUGAAGCAACAAAGCUGGGUUUGCUUGACUUCCUGGAGUCGGUCGGCGAGUUCGGGAAAAUGGAACGCUUCAGUCAGGUGAUCCAAGUGGCCCGCUGGGAUUUGGAAGGGGAGCAGAAUUGGGACGUCUUAAGGGAUCGCUUGGAUCACCUGGAUCGCUUGGAGAAGGUCAACAGGGAAGUAAAACUCUUCUACAUCGCCAGACUCCACGAGAAGGGCUUUGAUCUUGGAGAUCUGGAAGAACGGGAUCUCUCGGACGUCAUGGAUGAAAUGGGAAACAUCGACAUCGGAUGGAAGUUGUAUAAAACCCGAGGGGGGUUCAUGGGAGAUUCUCAGGAGUUCUCCGACGCAGGGGUGGACCUCAACGCUCCGUCGGACUGCGAUGACCCGCUCGCUCCGGACUCCCUUACGCCGUCCCCCGCUGAGCCACCGCCACGACCGCCCAAGCCCCCGGCGCGUCACGCCAGCGUCAACUCCGACCUCCACACCUACAUCAAUAUCAGCCGGGAGACCACCUCCAUGGCCCUGACCACGCCCCCCACCUUGUCCACCUUCUCUCCCAACUCCUCCUCGCCCACGUUCUCCACCUUCCGCGCCGAGAAACCUUUGCCUCUGUCGCCACCUUCCAUCCCGCCCCUCCCCGUGUCGAAACCCGUCCCGUACCUUACACUUUACACCGCUUCCUCUCCCUCCGUCCCCACCCCGACUCCGCCCAUCCCCCCGCCUCGAAGGCGACACCUCGCCAGGAAGGAGGCGCAGCGCCUCGCCGCCCUCCAAGUGGAACAGGAAAAGACCCCGUUGUCCUUACCGCCUCCGACUACACGGCCGCCUCCUUUGCCUCCUCCGCCGGUCAUCUCUUCUUCUCUCCCUCCGCCGAGUGUCCCUCCUCCUGCCCUGCCUCCUCCGCCUUCCUUCCAUGCUCUGGACGUGGAGAUCCGGAAGCUUCUAAUGCUUGCGGGGUUGACUCAGGCGGAGCUCCUCAAGCUGAGCCCGGAGCUCGGCGACUGCGUCGGGACUUUGGAGGACGUUGACGGAGAAGCGGUGGAGUUCAGACUAACCGAGGAGGAUGGAUGGAGCGCCAAAAGCAAACCGAUGAGGGACCCGGAGGCGGUUUUUCCAGAGGAAGUGAAGACAGAAGCCCAGAGAACCACCUCGUUCUCUGAGAUGGCGAGAAGAAGGAAGAAGAACGCCAAUCUGACGUCAGACGCCUACUACAGCACCAGCUUCAGCACCACGUACGACGCCAAGUCGAGUAACGUCGAGUCCUGCCGCUACGCGGGCAAGGCGCUCCAUUCGCCUGCCCCUCCCCCUCCUCCUCGCCCCCUGCCCCCAAUUCCCCCGAGUGUGCCACCCCUCAAAGUCAGCACCCUAAAAGCUAACUCCGCUCAACCCGAACGCUUUGAUUGGCUCAUAGCGUUCACCCCCGACGGGGACGCCCCGCCUCAGACCCCCGAAAUGAGAAAAGCUCAUAAAGAAACGGCAAAGAAGACCCCCCCGCCACCAAAGGUCACCAGCUUCAAAGAGCUCCGCCACCGCGGCAAGAGUGGCGCCCCCGCGACCAGGGUCAUCAUGGAACCGGACCCGGAUCCCACGGUCAUCACCCCCGACCCGGACAUACUGUACAACCUGAAGUGGAGACGGGAGAAGGAGGGCAGCGGGGGCAGCCAGUGGGAGUACACCUCCCAAGCUCAGGCCCUGUUCAUGCAGCCGCCCCCGGCGCUCACCUCCAUGGCGGCGCUGAAGGAGAUGCUCCAGAGGGCAGACCAGGAGAGCGGGAAAAGAAGCGACAAGAUGGGGUGCUCGGUCAGCGACAGCAGCCUCUGGACGAUGAGCAGGGAGUGGGAGCGUCAGGACGCGACGCGGGAGAAGGAACGGCGGGAAGACGAUGAGGCGGAGGUGCGAGGACAAGCCGACGGAGGGAGGACCCUUGACUCGAGAACGGCUGUUUCCUCCCCGCCACUGUCCCUUACCCAGCCCCCCCAGCCCUACUUCCUGCAUAACGCUCCUGUUUCCUGUCACCCUGGUCACGUCCUUAUAAAUUCCCGGCCGCACGCCCAUUUAGGCAGAGAGUCUUUAGACCUUGAGUGGGCUCAAGCUGAGGCCGAUUCUGUGUUCCGUUAUGAUUUAGACCCUGACAAGCGUGGGAACGCCACAAAACAAACUUUCAGUGAUUACAGAAUAAAUGAAUCUCAGUCUAAUGUGGACUCCCUCCGCCGCGGUGAUCAGCCCAGCAUCGCCGUCACGAAUGCCGCACCAGGCUGCACCACGCCGUAUAAGAACAUAGAUGUCAUGAUGACUUAUCCACGCAAUCCAAAGAAACCAACAGACCACAGCGCGAACCAGACCAGGACCUUCAAAGAGCUCCCCCCCCUGCCCACCUACUACCUGCACCGCUCCAAGAACUGCCCGCUGCAUGGGGGCUCCCCUCCUCGCCUCUCCCCAGUAGGAGCCCUCUCUCCUCCUCAGCGUUCAGGGGCGGGCUCCGAACUCAGCUCGCCGCUUUUCCCCCGCUCGUACACACUGCCCGCCCUGGCCGCUCCCCCUUACUGCCCUAACCUUUACCCUCCUGUACCCGCCCUUGCCCCCCCUUUGCCCCCAAAACUCUACCAGGCGUCACGGCAGCCUCGCGUGGCCACUGUCCGCAGUGUGUCGUUCGGCGGAGCCGCGCAGCGAGGCGAGGCAUCCUGGAUGGGUGAAGAUGUGCCGCAUCCGAUGAGAGGUCUCGGCCUGUCCUCGCUGCACCUGCUGGAAAAGAGAGCUCUCGUCAGUGCGGUCAGCGUGGCAGUGGAGGCCGUCUUGGCUCAGUUUAGUUCUUCUCGGACGGUGGUUCAGAAGGCCUUAUCGGGAGACAGCACCGUAAAUCCAUCGCUGGGUCGUCUGGUGCUGCAGUGCCUCUGCCCCGCCCUGCACAGCCUGCUGACGGACGGCCUCAAGCCCCACCAGAGCGACCUGAUCGCCGGCAGAAGGCCGACUUCGGCCUGGAGCCUGGUGCAGGCUUCAACCCGGCCUGGACCUAAAACCCAAACCUUGUUCAACCUCCAAGCUCGAGUCGGAGAGCUGCCUCAGCUGAAGCAGAACAAACACCGCUUCAAUGCUUUCCUGCUCGGAUUACUCAAUUCAAAGCAGCUCGACUUCUGGGUGUCUCACGUUCAGUCUUGCCGUGACGUCCUGGACGCCUACUACCGCCCGACCGCCUUCAUGCGUCUGUCGCUGACCGCCUGCCAGCCUCUGUUCGACGAACUGCUCCUCGUGCUGCAGCCGCUCGGCCUGCUGACCUUCAACCUGGACCUGCUCUUCCAGCACCACCACCUGGACCCCCACGGCCCCGCUCCGAAGGGGCGCGGUCAGGACGCAGGGGCGAAGUCGUCGCGGCCUGGGACAAGAGGCGCCCCGUAUACGGAGAGCCUGUCGGAGGUGGACUUUGUAGACCAUCAGGUACCUUCAGCGGCUACUCCGAGCAGUGGAGGGUCCGUGGAGUCCAUUGAAGGCAAAACUCCCCCCACUCUGAGCCACACCAGCCCCCAGCUGAUGUGGGUCCAGGAGAAAAGGAUCGGUGAACUCCCGCCUCCGAAUCUUGAAGAGGAGAGUCUCGCUCAGCAGGCCGGACAGGUGAUCCAGCAGGGUUGGGGGGCCGUGAUGCGCUGGGGGGGUCGACUGAGCCAGAACCUAGCCGAGCUGAACCCGUCGGCCGGGAGCACCGUUCCGCCGGAUCACCGAGACCAGUCGGGCGGCGACUUUGCCCCCGUCGGCUUUGUCACUCAGGUUCCCUGGGGUCUGGGCCGCCUCUUCGGCGCCGCCCCCAAAAGCCCCAACAGUCCAGUGGGUCACGCGUCAUCGAGCAGGCGGCCAUCUCAGUGGCUGGCCCCCGGGGUCACGGCGCUGACCCGAAUGGUGAGCAGCGCUCCGGCCCCGAUGUUGAGGAAGACGCCGGAGCCGCGGGAGCAGAGCCAGACCUCGUCGGAGGGAGCGCCUGACACGCCGGAGAUGACGGACAGACCCAAAUCUCACAGGUCGGUGCGAACGCUGUGCGACCACGCCGGCACGGGCUCGGAGCUCAGCUUCUGCAGGGGGGAGGAGCUGGUAGUCUUGGGGGGCGUCGACCAAGACUGGAUCCGCUGUCGUCAGGGAGACAGAGAGGGCCUGGUGCCCAUUGGCUACACGUCGCUCAUCAUGUGACGCCGAAAACGGCCGGACGCCAUGAAUUAAAGAUGAAAAACAGGAAUACACAAGCGGGAGUAAAUACUCCUGGGAAAAUACUGAGAGGUUCCGAUGAGGUUCCAGUACUCCGAAAGGGACAUUUCACCUCUGUUGGGGUCGAAUAACCUGGUGACAUUUCCCUUUAAGUGCACUUCCUGCGUUGUUCACCUUCCUCAGCAGCAGCGGGGGUGGGCGAUGCGGCACAUUUGGUAUCCAUCCCGUACCAAGCUAAUCCGUACGGAGACUUUAUUUGUCUUUUAUGACUUUUCAUUGGUCGGCAAAAUCAUAUUUUUAGCAACAAAAUAAGUCAACAAAUCGGCUAAUCCAAAUUUAUCAAUACCUUGACUUUGUCAACAUGACAUCAAUAAUAUUACGUGGAAUAAUAUUUGUGAAAACCUGAAAAAUCUUCACUCGUAUCGAUCCGAUACCGAUCGAUAUCGUAUGGAUAUUUGGAUGGAUGCCGCCCCACCCCCGCUCCCCUGGUCUCCAGGGUGUCCAAGCAGGGAGCGCAUUGCGAGUACUGUCCCCUGAGCUCCUGUUACAUACGUGAUCAUUUAGUGGACUGUAGCCGUGUGUGCAUCCGUGUGCGAUAUUGACCUCUCACCUCUCUCAUCGCCUUCGCCCUUUGACAUUUGACUCAUGUAUUUGACUGUAUAAAUACUAUACAUACAUAUAUAUACAUACAUAGAAAUAUAUAUAUAUAAUAUAUAUAAAAAAUGAGAUUGGUCUGGUCGCGGAACACCACGCCGACGAUAUUCGAUAGUCGACGUUUUGCGUGGCGGUCGUGCGAGUCAAGGUGUACGUGUUUGCGAUAUCCGAUAUCUUCCUCCCCCGCGUGCUUCUGUGUUGCUGUGCUGCCGUUGUCUUGAAACAGCGUCCGAACACGUUGGCGUUUGUCCUCAAAUAGCGCUGGGGUGGGCAAACUGCGGCCCGGGGGCCACAUGCGGCCCGCCAAGCGUUUGAAUCCGGCCCGCCAGUAUUAUUCCUUUUAACAUACAAGCUGGCAACUUGACUUGCAAGUCGGUUGUCUUAUUCAGUAAUUUUUUUUUUAAAUGUAAAAUUCAAUUUGGCAAAUUGUUGAUGUUUGAUGUUUAAAGUGCUCCUGAAAAAAAGGGAAUUGAGAACAUAUAACUGAUAGUAUGACACUUAAAAUAAAAUUCAAAUGUGGACUGUUAGAAUUAUAAGCGUAAAAUAGUAUGUGUGAAAUAUAUAUUUUGGCCCCCCCGGACAAUUUUGUUAACUCAACACGGCCCACGAAUCAAAAAGUUUGCCCACCCCUGAUCUCGAGUAUCUUGAGCGCGUAGCAUCGUCUCCUCCGAGACAUGCUAAUCUCGACUUCUCUGUUUUGCUGCCACGUUAUAAAUAAAAACUUAGUCAGCCGUGUUCUAUCAUUCUCAUAAUAUUAUGACUUUUUUUUUAUUUUUUUCGGAAAUUUCGGACAAGAGUAAAGUCAUAAAUUUACGAUUUUAUUCUUGGAAAUGUGCAGCUUUUCUUUCACAUAGCUGUCUCAGGUAAUGCCUGCAACAUCGUUAUGGGAUUUUUCUCGUAAAUUUCCGACUUUAUUCUCGUAAAUGUACGGCUUUAUUUUCUUAAUAUUACAAGUUUUUUUCUGGUGAAUUUAAUUUGUGGCAGUCGCGCGUUCAGACUCGUUCCCGCUAAUCAACAAACUCGGUCACACCAAUAAAACGAUAAAUACCGCUAUUUGAAGGAUAACUGCCGGCUUCCGACUGGUAAAACACCCGGGCUGACACAGCCGGUCUUUGAAUGCAGCACAUGACGAUCAUGAAAAGAAUAAUAAUACACUUGCACCGUUUGCAUCCACCCUUUGACCUCUUAACCCCGCCCUCUUCAUGGCUGUACUUAACGCCGACGGUUAUGGCAGUGAUACGCUACGUCCAUACGCCGGACUCUUGCUGGCUUUUCCCUCCGCGUCCGUCCGACACCACGGCUGCCGAGCUGGAGAUGAAUGUUUCUUCUUUUUUUUUUUACUGAUCAAAUCAGCUAUCAGGGAUGUUUGUGUGUGGCGUAGCAUUACUGUCACUAUGGCAACAGUAGCAUACACGACGUUAGACCGGUGCUCGCCACUGACGACUCACGUGGUUGCCAUCGAGGAAACAAUCCAUGCACGCUUUUUCAUUGAUUGGAUGUACUAUUUAUUUGCUUUUACUCUGGGGGUGUGUUCAUGUGUCAGGGGAAGCACAUCCUGGACUUUCACUGUGUGUGUGUGUGUGUGUGUGUGUGUGUGUGUGUGACAGUGGGAGUGUAGUAGUCAGUAUAGCUUCCUCCUUCCCUCCUCCUCCUCUUCCUCCUCCUCCUCUCUGGUGUCAUGUAGCCCGUAGACAUGCCCCGUGUCCUGUUAGGAUAGUUGCAUAAUAGCAUCGAGCCACCGUCCACUUCCUGCAUGUGCUUGUUUGUAAAUACACCAAAUAAAAGCAUCAGUAUGAACCAAA